AUGUCUCUCUCAAGCUACCUCGCAUCCAAAUACCUCAACGCCGAACCCCCCUCAGGGAAAAAACGCAAACGCAAGACACCGAAAUGCCAAACCAGCGGGUUGAUAAUAGCAGACGACGACGCACUAGGCUGGGACCCCGCCGCCUCGCAAGACACCACAAACGCAGAUCGCUUCAACGCACCCACAACACUGCAAACCAACUCUGCCGAAUUCCGCAAAGCAAAGACGAGCGCGUGGAAAACGGUGGGGAAAUUACCAAAUGAAGUCGCAGGGUCAGGAGACGGAAAUGGGGAGGAGGAAGCAGCAGAUAAGAUCCUCCUCGAGGCCGCGCAUGAGAACGCCGCGCAGAUGAAGGAAGACGAACCCAUGGUACUAGACGACGAGAACGUCGUAAAGAUGGGCGAUGGCACACACGCGGGUCUUCAAAGCGCCGCGGCAGUAGCAAAACAAUUCGAAGCGCGCAGGCGGGAGGAAAAAGCUGCCUGGGAAGCCGAGCAAGCAUCUACAUCCCCCAACAAGGGCGGCAAGAAGAAGGGCGAAGAGACAGUCUACCGUGACGCCACGGGUCGACGAAUAGACAUCUCCCUACGACGACAAGAAGCGCGUCGUGAGCUCGAUGAAGCCGCCCGGAAGGAGCGCGAGGAGAAGGAAGCGCAGAAGGGCGAUGUGCAGCGCGCGAUGAAGGAGAAGCGGAGAGAGGAGCUGGAUGAGGCGCGGUUCAUGACCCUGGCGAGGGGGGUGGAUGAUAAGGAGAUGAACGAGGAGUUGAAGGAGGUGGAGCGGUGGAAUGAUCCCGCGGCCCAGUUCAUGGUCAAGAAGAAGGGGGGGAAGAGUGUCACGGGGAAACCGAUGUAUAAGGGUGCUGCGCAGCCGAAUAGGUAUGGGAUACGGCCGGGUCAUAAAUGGGAUGGGGUUGAUCGGGGGAAUGGAUGGGAAGGGGAGAGAUUUAAAGCUAUGAAUCGGAGGACUAGGAAUAAGGAGCUGGAUUUUGCGUGGCAGAUGGAUGAAUGA